AUGGUGAAUCAGCAUCUGACGAACGGGAAGCCGAUGCUGAAUAAAUUGGGUAAGAGCAUGAGUUCGCUACUGGGGAAUAGCAAGCCUACUGUACAUGUGGUUCAGAGUGCGCAGAGUUAUCAGAGUCAUCAUGGGCAGCAGGGUCAGGGUCAGGGUCAGGGUCAGGUUGCUGCUGCUACUGCUACUAGUCCGCAGCCGCAACAACAACAACAACAGUGGGGUCAGGCGCAGCAACAGCAACAGUGGGGCCAGGGGCAUCGUCCCUCUCCACCACCACCUCCGCCGGCGUCGAGUCCAUAUCAGCAAUCGAGUUAUUUCACGUCGACUCCAGGACACUCGGGACAUGGUCAUUACUCGCCACAGCAGACGCAGCAAGCGCCUGUUUCCCAGUCGUAUACGCCGCCACCAUCAGCCACUGCGUUGGGCUAUGCACAGCAACAUGGACAUGGACAUGGCCAAGUAGGACACAGCCCGUAUGCGCCGGCGGUGCAGGAACUACCAGGCUCAUAUGGGGUACAAGAGAGCGGAAUUAUUGCAGGCACGCCAAAUCAUGUUGGGGGCAUGCCAAAUCAUGCUGCGAAUACGCCUCCACACAUGGCUGUACAAUCUCCACAAGCACAAUGGGGGAGCUCCAUCCCGGCAACACAGGAUGUGCCUAGGCCUCAACAACAGCCAGUGUAUGCCUUGCACCAUGUGACUUGCCCAGUCAGUCCAGUCAGCCCAGAGCAACAGCAGCAUUGGAAUGGCAUGUCGGCGGCUCCUAAGCCAUAUAGCCCCGUUCAUGCGCAGGCACCACACCAGCCUACCAGUCCGUCGCCAACACAACAGGGAAACACGGUACCUCCUCUGCCGGGACAUGACCAAGCCGCAUCGCACUUUGCACCGCCAGCAUUUGCUGUAGAACUGCCCGCGGACCUCGGAAAUCUCAGCCUUGGUUCAGCGGAGCGGGCCAAAGACAAUGGAGGGCGGCCGAGUUUGAGGGCAAGCGAGGUGGCGCAGGCUGGCACAUGGAGGCUUGCGGACUCAGGGACGGAAAGGGCGACGGAUGAAUUCUACGUCUUGGCCGACUUGCUUUUCGAUGCAUUGGACAGGCAGUUUGAGCCUAGGAACACGGGCCUGGUCGAAGGGUCAAAGUUGAUGGGGAGUUGUCUGCUGAGGCUAAACGAGGACGAAAAGCGGCUAUUUGCGCAUCACAGUUACGGGGCGUUUGCCAAGAUGUGGAGCAUCGAGGGCAUCCCGCACGUCAUGGUGCCGUGCGAGAGUGCACUGACGCCGAUUUGGAACUUUGACAGAGUGGCACACGGGCAGCAUGUCAGAGUUGGCGAGAGCAGCAGAGGGUCGCAGGCGCGAUACAUGCCAGCGCUGAACCGGGCGGGAUGGUACCAGUUCGUGCUGGUCGAGGCGAUGCGUGCGCCCGAGGAGUUUGGCAAAGCCGUGGCGGCCGUGUGCGCGGACAGACAGCCGGCUGGGCUGGUGGGCAAGCUCGACCUCAACAAGCUUGAUCGAACCGUGGACCCAGCGGUGCGAGCCAGGGCGGGCGAGCUGCGGGCAUAUGCCAUUGCCCAGGCGUGCGACGAGACGAGGCUUGCCGUGGAGAGGGAUGGAGAUGGGAACCAGUAGGGCAGGCCAUGGCAGCGAGGGAGGGAUGGAUGGAUGGAUGGAUGGUGAAUAGGGCGAGGGCGAGGGCGCGGUGUUUUUGUGUCGCAGGUGGGCAGGCGCGUGUUUCCUGUUUGCUGUUUCCUGUUUGCUGUUUGCUGUUUCCUGUUUGAGCGGCAUGGCGCCGACUAUUGGCGAAACCCAACUCUGGGCCGAUGCAAGCAGACAUGGUCGUUUUGCCCGGCUGGCCAUGGGCGCCAUGGACUCGUCAUCUUGCUUCCUGCUUCUGCUUCUGCUUCCCUUGCAUGCCCC